AGGUUUAUUCAGGGUUCUGGACAGGUCUGAGAAAAAAGAACAGAACCAGGAGCACUUGGUCAGAUGGGACUGAGGUAGUGUUCAAUGAAUCAAGUGUGGAAGCUCAUGAAUUCAACCAAAUAUGUGAAGCCCUGGACAAUGGAACAUGGACGGGUUUUAAUUGUUCAGAAAGGAAGUCAUUCAUGUGCAACACGAACGAUGGGUAUGAGGUCAUUGAAAGCAAAAAGAACUGGUGUCAGGCAUUGCAGUUCUGCAACAAGAAUCGUCGAGGGUUAGCCAGGAUUAAUAGCUCUGAGGAAAACGAACGAGCAAAGAAUAUAAGUAAGGGCCGAACUGUCUGGAUUGGAUUAAUGCACGACCAAUGGGAGUGGCCAAAUCAAAAAUGUUCAUUGUACAGGGAGUGGGUUAAAUAUUCCCAAGGUGUCCACUGUGUUUUUAGUGGAUUCAAGGAGCCUUCAUUACAGACAGAGAACUGUGAAAAUGACAAAUGUGCAAUUUGCUCUAAAGGCAAAGUAAGAAUUAAAGCCAUUCAAAAUGAGUCAAGCUGGGACGAUGCACUCACAUACUGUGAAAACAUGCACUCGCGGCUGUUGUGGAUCGAGGAUGAAAGUGAUCAGAUUGCUGUGAGUACGUGGCUGAAUAACUCGAAGCUUUACGAUGACGCCCCGCGCUCUUUGUGGAUCGGCCUCAGGCAAAGCGCUCUCUUUGGAUUCUGGAUCUGGAGUGACAGGAUGGUGAACUGGAGCAACUGGAAGGAUGGAGAAAUCCCAGGAAAAUCUCUCUCCAACCACUGCGGUGUGAUUGACAGGGAGGAUUUCACCUGGAGAAAUGAAGAUUGCGAUCGCAAGCUGCCUUUUCUUUGUGAAGAAGAUAUCGCUUAUUUAAAGAACUAGUUAUUUCAAUGAUCAGUCAUAGAUUGCAUUCUUGUAGAAAAGACUUCUUUUUAGCUGGUAUUGAUUCGUUUUAGUCAGAUUAGCUCAUACUAAAACAAUAAAUUACAUUGAUGAUGGUGCAAAAAAAAAAAUUCUGAUGAUGCAAUUUUAAAACACAUUUUGGAUGUUUGCACAAGAGGGACAAUAUUACAUUCUUUUUCGGGGUUUUACGAAUAUAAUGGUCCUAAUGAUACUUUCAUGGUUUCUAUUCUUUUUAGAGCAACUUUGCUAUUUUCUAAAUCUUGAUUGGAUGUCAAUCAACCUCUUUGGGUUAUUUUUUAUAGUGUAACCUCAACGACUAACAAAGGAACACAGUAUAUAUUCACUUUAUACUUGCUUUUGUGUUAACAUUUCUCUGCUUGUUUGAAGUUUUAUUAAGGGCAACAAUUUCUAUUGACGCACAUCAUUUUCUAAAGAAUUAAUAAUUCAGCUUUACUAACAAAAAUGAGAGAUAAUGACAUUUUGAUUCAAGGUGUUUUUGUUAUACAUAUAAAUAAAGGAAAUAAAGUUUUAUGUCUUAUUUGACAGGUCUUUCCCUGCUGGAAUUUGUUUUGGUUUGGGGUUUUUUUGCCUCAGGUUUAUCCCAAAGAAACAAAGGUUUUACUGUCUUUGUCUUUUUUAUGUACAUGUGAUGCAAACAAAAACACAUCCAAUUAUAUGUUAAUGCUUGAAUACAUUUCUUUGUGUGUCUGUGUGUGUGUGUGUAUAUAUAUAUGUACAUAUAUUUUAUAUUAUAUAGGUGCUGUCAUGCAAUA